CUUGUUAUCAACAAUAACAGUACAGAAUUAUCAAUUUGUUUUCAUUGCACUUGGGUUUUAAAGGUCCUGCUUGUGGAGCCCCACUCGAAGCUGAUGAAUCCCUACUUGCACGUGCAUUUUGUCGCAGGCGCUGACUCGGUCACUUCCAGAGAACCGACGCCCACUGACCGUCCCGCGCACCCCACUGGUCCGCUGCACGAGAAUAAGCAGGAGACCGAGGACGAAAAAACCUCACUCCACGAGGAGCUCUUCGUGAAUGACGUUAGCCCAGAAGGCGCUGACUACGACACACCGAGGGGACCGACCUACACCGAGCGCCCCCCGCGCCCCACUGACCCGGUGCACCGGGCGAAUCAAGUGGGCGCGGACGAGGUCACACUGCACCAGGGAGUGACUGUGGCCGACGGUCCAGAAAGUCCAGGCAGCGGCGAGGGCGGCCAGCUGGUGGUGACGGGGCGCUACUCGCUCCGCGCCGGCCUGAGCUACGAGAGUCGGGACGGAGGAGAGGGCGGUCACCAGGACAACGAAGAUCUCGAGCAGCACCCUGAGAGCGACGGGCAGGAUGGCGACAGCCUGGAGCUGCACCCAGAGGAUGGCGGUCAGGAAGCCGGUAGUGGGGAAGAGGGGGCGGCCGUCGACAAAAGCGGCUCAGAGGAGCUUGAGGACCAAGUGCAGCGGAAACCGAGGAACCGAUUGUCCACAGGGCAUGUUCAGAACAGGAAACCAACAUACAAGUGCGAUGAGUGCCAGAAAUGUUUUUCAAAGAAAAGCAAUCUAGUUAUGCACAUCAGGACACACACUGGAGAGAGACCAUUUGAAUGUGACACAUGUCAUAAGCGUUUCAGUCGGAAAUGUGUUCUUGAGACUCACUUCAGAACCCACACUGGUGAGAAACCGUAUGAAUGUAGAGUUUGUCUUAAGCGUUUCAGACAGAAAAACAUUCUUGAUACACAUGUAAGGAUCCACACUGGUGAAAAGCCUUAUGCAUGUGACUCUUGUCAUAAGCGUUUUAGUGAUCAAAGUGCUCUUGCUUACCACGUCCAGACACACUCUGGCGUCAGGCCACAUGAAUGUGGCAUUUGCCAUAAGCGUUUCUACCAGAAAAACAAACUUGUUAAGCAUGUGAGGACCCACUCUGGCAGGAAACUUGGCAGAAAAGUGCUCUUGCUUAACACGCCACAACCUCCAAAAAUUGUGCAUCCAAUGUCAACAUGACACACGCUCGUGAUAAGCCAUAAUUUCUAUUGAUUGAGCCAUAAGAUUCACAUUUCUCUUGCAAAGCUGAAAGAAUAUUAAUGUCUUUUGGAUGAUAAAACACGACAAAAUGCUACAAACGACAAAUAUCAAGAGGAACCUUUUAUUGAAUUGAUCUUUGUUGUGCUUGUUAAUCGAGACAAACUUUGUUCUUGACAUUUCUGAUUGUUUUUUUUUUGUGUAAAUAAUGUAAUUUUGGCCAAUAAUAAAAUGUCGUGUUGUUAUCAAUAUAAUAAUAGUACCGAAUUAAAAGAUUUUUAAAUUGUACUUGUGCUUUGCUGGUAACAUUGUUGUAGAUAUCCGUCGCCACAUGCAUUGUAAUACGUUACUCACUGCGAGGUUGGUUUCUUUCGCCAGUUUCACUUGUUGUACUGUUGUACUGUUGCAGCUCUUCGGCCCCUCUUUUACGGCACCACGCUCCUCUAAUAAAACGCAUUCUGUUGACUUUUCACUAACACGUGCCAUCUCCUGUUGCAGGCUCUUCUUGUGCAGCCUACAUGGACGCUAAUGCAUCCCUACUUGCACGUGCACGCUGGUGUCGGGGAGACUUCUUCCUUCUUCACCCUAUCCCCACUCUUAGGCAUUCUGACGGUGUUCUUGUGCUGUUGCAGCCGCUGACCCCGGCACAGCGAGAGAGACAGCGCCCACAGACCGCCCUCCGCAGCCCACUAGUCAACUGCACGAGGUGAAGCUGGAUGCCGCGGACGAGAAGACCUCGCUCCACGAGGAGCUCAAUCUGAACGACGAUGGCCCAGAAGGCGCUGACUCCGGCCCACCGAGAGGACCGACGCCCGCAGAGACCGCCCUCCGCGCCACAGCGACCCACUCUACCGGGCAGAUCAAGUUGACCAGGACGAGAAGGUCACACCGCACCAUGCAGUGACUGUGACCG